CGGCCCGGCGGGGCGGGGGUGCGGGGGGGUCUGUGUGUGUGUGUGUGUCCGGCGGGCCCCGGCGCUGCUGAGCGAGGGAAAUGUGAGCCGGCUGCACCACUGCGGCGGCACUGCGGGCGGGGCGGGAGCGCGCAGGCAGCGCCCGCGCCCGCGGGACAGCGCGGCCCCUGCCUGCUGCCUGCCUGCUGCCUGCUGCCUGCCUGCACCUGCCGGAGGGGGAACGGGGGGUGCCCAGGCUGCAGCUCCCCCCAGCCAGCCGGGAGUGUUGCAUCAGCCCCGCGCGGAGCGGCGGCUCCGCGGCCGGAGGAGGCGGCGGAGGAGCCGGGGGAGGGAGAGCGGGCGGAAGGUGCCUCCCCGGCGGCAGCGGCGCUACCUGCCGCCUCCCCCCGGCAGCUGCUCCCCGCGGAGCAUCCGGAGGAGCCGGCGGGAGCCCGGCGGCGCCAGCCCCUGCCUUUGUGGCCGGUGCCCUCCCCGCGCCGCCGGGGAAGCUGCUGGAGGAGGCGGCGGGGCCGGGGGAAGCGGGGCCGGGAGCCGCGGCCCGGCCGGCAGCGGUGGAGACCCGGCAGCAUCCUUGGGGAGCCGACACUUGGCACCGGCAGCGCCUGCAUCCCUCUGCCUUUCAGAUAACCUUUAGCCGCUUGGGCCUCCAAACCUUUCCCGGGGACGGAGCGGGGGUCUGGAGGCUCACCUGGGGACACGGCCACAGCGGGAACCCCCGCCCGAGACACCGCGGACCAAUGCAGCGAGCACGAAGCUGAGCUGGGAGCAGAGGUACCAGGGACGGCACGGGGAAGGUGCGCGGCAGCACCGUGAGCUGCCCUGCGGCGCGGGAUGUUCCCUGGGCCCCUGCCCCGCGGGAGCUGCCGCUGACAGCAAGUGGCAGAGCCGGGAAGUCAGAGCAAAGGAAUUUGCGAACACAUUCUUCAGCGCCACGAGGAUCCCACGGCGUGUAAACAGGAAUAAAGGCCAGGCAGAGGCCGGGGUGAGGCGGGGGCUGCCCCCAGUUCCUGUGGGACCACUGCGGACUUACCUGCCCCGGGCAGCACCCGUGCCACAGGCCCCAAUUUACCCUUCGUGACUGCAGCUGGUCCAGCGCAGGAAAAGCCAGCGAAGAAGCAGCAGCAGACUGCUGAGUGACAGCCAAUGUCACGUUAACAUCCUGGCAAGGCGCUGCAGGGAACCGACGCUUUGAUCACCACCCUGAGCAUCCUCCAAGGUGGGCAGGAUGCUGCUGUGAGCCCUGCCUUCCCCUGCCCGCCCUGGCCUCGUGCCCGGCACCCUCGGGGCUGGCUGGAGAAGAGGGGCGCGGGGCCCGCUGGCACUGCCCCGGCUCCCCAGGAUGCUCCCCCGCACCAGCGGCUCCUCCCCGUGCUCCUGCUCCGCGGCCAGACCGAGAUUGAAAGCUCAGCAGGCUGCCGGCAUGUUUUAGCCUCAUGCAGGCGUCCCUCGGAGACCCCAGAGCAGUGGACAGUAAUGUGAAAACAAUACUCAUGUCGUGUCUGAAAGGGCAACAGGUCAUCAUUAAAAUGGAAGCAAUGAAAAUCAUCCACCCGGAGAAGUUUUCGGAGCUACAGGCCUCGCAGCCGCGCUACGCACCAGCCCCCCGCCGUGAGCCGCCCCUCGUGGCCAAACGCGCGUGGCCCUCCGAGUCCGAGAUCAUCGUCAACCAGGCGUGCGGGGACAUCCCUGCCCUGGAUGCCACACCCGGCCCCCUGCCGCUGCCCCGGACUCCCCCCCUGCCGCGGCGAGAGCGUGGGUACCAGAGCCAGCGGAAGGGCAGCUCGGAGGUCUGCUACCACCGGCAGCCGCCGUCGGAUGAGGUGAUCGUCAACCAGUACGUGCUGCACCCCUCGACGCCCUGCGAGCCCCUGGAAUGCCCCACCUGCGGCCACAUGUACAACUUCACCAACAAGCGGCCCCGCAUCCUCUCCUGCCUGCACUCGGUGUGCGAGGAGUGUCUGCAGAUCCUCUACGAGUCCUGCCCCAAGUACAAGUUCAUCUCCUGCCCCACCUGCAAGCGGGAGACCGUCCUCUUCACCGACUACGGGCUGGCGGCGCUGGCCGUCAACACCAGUAUCCUCAACAGACUGCCGGCCGAGGCCCUGGCCGCCAACCCCGUCCAGUGGAGCAGCGACACUGACCGCAGCUGCUACCAGACCUUUCGCCAGUACUGCGGGGCCGCCUGCACCUGCCACAUCCGAAACCCGCUCUCCUCCUGCACCAUCAUGUGAGCCCCGCGCCCCUGCCCGCGCCUCCCGACAGCGGGGCGGCCAGAGAGGACAGUGCUGCGCCGUGGCCGGUCCCCGGUCCCUUCUUUGCCCGUGGCACAGCCCAGAGAUGCUCCGAUCCUCACCGCAGCCAAGGACGUGGGACCGGUGUCCUCACCAGUGCUGGUGGGGGGUGAUGGGGACGCUGGGACCUGGUGGCAGCCCCCUACAGCCCAGUAGUGCCCAGGAAGAGGGACGCUGGAAUGGGGAGCGUGUCCACCAGCACAUCCAGGGGCUCUGUCUUCACCCACCCUGCAGCAGGUGCCCCCACUGUGCAUCGACCAUCCCGCCACGUUCCUUCCCCAGGCACCUUCUCCCUCCUCUCUCCCCACGGCUCCCAAGAGCAGACACUGGGUCCCAGCCAGAGCGAUGCUCUCCCCAUUGCCCCGCGACAACAGCAGCGGCACGAGGAGCCCUGGAGGUGCCUGGUGCCACGCUGGGUCACCCACCUGGCAUGGGAGGCAAGGACAGGUCCCCAACUUCCUCUCCCGCCCUUCUCUGUAAGUUAUUUGCCAAAGCUUUCAUCUCAGCGGCCACGCCGCCAUGCGCCCGAGUCGUAGCCACGCCAAGCCGCUGCACCGGCCCCUCGGUUGCGAGCAGACACGCGGCCCGUUUCCUCCACAGGCCCUUGAGGAAAGCUCCACUUUAUCCUCGUUUUGGAGGAUUCUUGUUUUUUUCCCCAGCCGUCCCCGGCCACCCCAUCCCAGGCCGCUACGCAUUCACAAAGGCAUUGAGCUGUGUCCGUUCUCUGCUGCUCCAGCCAGGGCCCUGCACCGAUGCCCCGUGGGAUGGCUCAGGGGUGCAACACAGGGUCUGAUACCCCAAAUUUCCAGCUCCAGUGAGGGGGUUUGGCUGGGGAAGGAGGCAAAGAUCUGGCUCCUGCCCACGGUUGCGUCCCCAGAGCAGCACCUCUGCUCUGCCCGCUGUGCGGCAGGGCUGGCAGGGCGGCAGCUCCCUGUGCGCAGUCUUGCUUUCUCCAGGGCACCUGGAGGGGUAAGUUUGCUGCCAAAAAAAGCAAAAAAAUGAACCUAAAAAAAUAAAGAAAAAGCCAUAAUUUGCAAGUGCUCCCGCAGGGCUGAGCACCACAACUUGGGGCAAUGGCAGCACCAGCGGCACAUGCUGCCCAGUCCCACGGCACCGGGGCUAGGAGAGACAGAGGGGCCCCACAGAGCCCCCCACCCUGGGGGGAAGAGCAGCCCCUGGCACUGGCCGAAGCCCAGGAUCCAUCCGGGGAGAGGGGCCAAACCAUCACCCCGCCCCGAGGGAGCAGGCGAUGCCCCAGCACAGCCCCCAGAACCACCUGCUGCCGGUGACAACAGGGGUGGCACCACCGUUUCUGUGUUGCUCUGCCAAUGCCUCCCGCUGCUGGUUGUGACAAUGAUCAUGUUUUAUACCCGGCCUUGUUCUAACCCUCAUCGGUCUCCCCAAUAAAGGUUAUAUUGGAACGAA